AUGCUGUGCAACGGAAGGAUACUAACGCUUCUCAUAUUCGUCACAAACCUUAGCCAAGACCUGCGGGACGAGGAAAACGUGUCGCUUAUCAUACGAAGGGUGAUAGUCGUCGUACUCGUGGCGGCCGUCACUAUCGGCUAUAAGACCAAACUGUCGGCCCUUUUGCUGGUCGUGUGGCUCACGGACUCAAACAAAACAUUGUUUUAUAUCCGAAUAAAAAGCUUUUUCUAUACCCUGUCCGUCAUCGGCGGCCUCUUAAUGAUCGUAGUCUUAGGACCGGGAGAUCUGUCAAUAGAUAACUACAAGAAGAUCGUGUAG